GAAAAAAUAUUGUCAGUGUCGACCUUGCAAAACCAAAAGGCAUUCCAAUACAAGCCGCAAUCAGUGGAAGUCAUGUUCUCGUCGAGUCCUCCGCUUGAUGUGUUUGAUAGGCUGGUCAUCGCUCUGCCUUCCUGUAUAUAAACCUCACGUAAUAAUCUACUAUGAUGUUUUCAUGAUUCUUCAGAUUGAUACGAUCCAUGAACUUAUAUCGUAUUAUGUGGUCAUAUUGAUCAUCAUAGUUUGUGUGGGGAAAUUGUGGCUCAACGAGAAACAUAUGAAAAACGAAACAAGAAAUUACUUCCUUUUCUACUUCAGAAUGAACAAAUAUAUGAGUUUGGCAGAUCUAGUAAAUCUUCUUGAACCCGCCUGGUUGUACCAAGAAAACUCUGUCACCAAAUAUCUGAAGACAAUAAUGAAGAAAAUUGGACUGUCUUUGGCCACAGGCAGUUCUCAAACGAUUCAACGCCCAAUGAAAGUGAUUCGUGUUCAUUUAUCCAGAACCAGAGAGCUGUUGCCUGGUGAGAUGCGCAUACUGAGGAGGUGUCAAACGCUCGUCAAUGAGAUGAUCCAUGUUGUGUCGCAACUUUCGAUUGCUCUUGAAGCUAGCUCAUUGAAGCCUCAAGAUCGUGAAGAGAUACCGAGUUUGGCCACAGCAGAAAACUGCAUGAAGCUGUUGCAGAUUAUCGUCCAGGCUCUCCAGUCUAAGACCAGUCCCAUACAACAACUGCCCCACAUGAGCCUAGGCACAAAAAUGAGUAUCCCGGAACUUAUAUCUAUGGAAGAGGGAGAGAGAAGAGACACCUUUCUAAGUCAUUUAACAGACGAACAAUACCAAGAUGUUAUUAGCGCCUGUUCCCAUAUGCCGAAUGUAGAGAUGGGAGCUCGUUCCGAAGUGAAUGAAGAUGGGACUGCUAUGACGGUUAUCGUUAGUAUUGCACGCAAGAACAUGUUGAAUACGGCGUAUGAAUAUAGGGCGCAGGAGAACGCAGUAGAAACCAAUCAGACAGAUACAUAUUUUGGCCAUUGUCCAUAUUUUCCAGAUGAGAGACAAGAAGGCUGGUGGCUGUACGUUGCCGACCUUGACAACAAACAGUUGGUUACAAAACCUGUUCUAAUUGUAUCGCUGUUGGAAGAGAUUCGAUUAAGAAUAUCAGCCCCAAAAGAAGCUGGAUGUAACACAAACAGCAUCAAGCUAACAUCAGACAGCUAUUUCGGCUUAGAUAAACAUCUGAAGUUAAAACUGAUUGUCCAAUAUUAAAUUGGUUCAGAAUGACGGAUGGCGCUUAGUUUACCUGCAAGUCUUAAAUCGGUCGGUGAAAAGAAUGGAUUACGCAUAACGUGACCCUACAUAUAUUAAAGCAUUUCACUCAUGUGGGUGAUGGUUUUGACUUGGUCUGCUUCCAAGAUGGCUUUGAACUAAACGAACUCGUCAACAAAAGACGCCUGAAUGUCAUCUGGAUCACUCCACCAGAUGCGUUGCACAUAUCCGUUGAUCAUUCAUUGUGAGAGACUCAAACUCUGUCAUGAAACCAAACAGUUUGUGAAGACCAGAAUAUUCGCUCAGCCGGUUGCGAAAUUCAACAGUGAGACAAUCAACUAUGCUGUAGAAUGUGUGGCGAAAAAGCGAUAGACAUAUUACAAAAAUGAUGUAUGUUUAACCUGUUAUGUGUGUCUGUGAUCUGAGUUGUGGAAUAUUCAAAAACGGUGAGAUAUCCUUGUGACUCGUGUCAGUUAUCCGAUAAGUCAGUGAAAUAUCCUAAAGGUUAGUGUGGUAAUCUGUCCGUAGACUUAUCAAGGAGUGGUGCGGGAAAAAAAUUGUGCAGGUUAUAAACAUAG